GUGCUGCUGCAGCCGCGAACAUCCUGGUCCUCUUCUGGGGUCCUUCCGCCAUACGACACACAUGUGCCCAUGCCCAACACGCCCAGUGGCAGCAGCAGCAGCGGCGGCAGCAGCGGCGGCCGUUUUCAGCUGGGCCGGAGUGGCUGGUUGGUGUAGCUGCCGGCGGGCAACAGGUGUACGGCCACGGCAGCGGCAGCGCCGCCACCACUACUCCAGGGACUGCCCGUGGUUAUGCUCACAGCAGCAGUAGCAGUAGCAGUAGUACGAACAGCAGCAGGCGGGGUAGGGCGACAGACGGGGGCGGCAGCGGCGGCAGUGAUGGGCGUGCUGGCAGCGGCGAUGGUGGUGGCAGCAGCAGGACCGACGUGCUGCCGCUAAGGGCCGCUCUGCGGUUGUUGUACAAGCAGGUCCAUCCAGACCUCUUCCAUGACCAACCCCUCGCCAAGGAGGAGAACGAGCGGUCCUUCAAGCUGCUGCAGGAGUACGUGCAGCUCGCUCGUGGUGGUGACGUACGUUCUCCCGCAGCACGCCUGCCGUACCGCUUUUCGUUUUACCUACGAGAGCCGCCGCAACCACCACUACAGCAGCACGUGGACGCAGCUGAGUCGUACACACCGACGGCCCCCGCCAGACCGCCGUUGAGGCCCCCGCCGAGCGCUACGAGACCUGCCGCCGCUGCCGCCGCCGCCACUAGUGGCGACGGCGGGACGGCCAGCUCGGCGGCGGCGACGGAGGUGGCUGGGCUCCAUCUUGUUCAGAUUACGUUGCCGCCGCCGGCCAUCAGCCCGGCAGGCGCCAAAGAGCUCGCGGCACCCACUCGUAAAGCCCUCGUGAAGCUGCUGGCGGCGUGCGGCCUGGCCACCAGCGGCCGUGGCGGCGGAGGCGGCGGAGGUGGUGCUGCAGAUGGUGGCCGGGAGGAGGACGAGGACGACGGGGGCCCGUUGAGUUUGGCUGCCUUCUUGCCGGAGGCUGUGGAGGCGCUUCGGCAGGUGGAGGCGGCGAGCACCUCUGACCCGGCCGUCCGCGUUGCGAACCUGCGCGGUGCGAUGCGGCUGCGGCAUCAGGUGAUGGUGAGCUUCGCCGACAAGCGUCUGCCCGCCCGCAGCCAGGUGGCCCUCCUGGAGCGGUUGGCUCGGGUGGUGGACGGGGUGGCGGGGGAGGUGCAGCUGCAGGGCUGUCAUAUCGUUAUUGGCGACCGGCUGGGGUUGGACCGGCUAGGACAGCUGUGUCUCCCCGCCGCCGACCCAGAGGACGCGACCUGGACGAGCUUCCUCACCGGGGCGGAUCUGGAUUUUGUACGACAACAGAGGAAGAACGUACAGGCGCUCCGCAACCUGGAGACCCAAGUCGCUCGCGCAGUCGGCGUAGCGCAGGUGUUCACGUCGUACGGCAAUCUCAUGGAACCGUCGUACAGAAGCUUCCUGGAGCGGCUCGCCGCGGCUGCAGCGGCCAGUGGACCUGUUGGUGGCGCCGCCUUCGCCACGGACGUGUCGCUGUGUAUCAUGCCACCCCUCCUCACCGGGCAUCAGGGACAGCAGCCGCCGCCGCCUCCUUGCCGCCUAGAUGACUCGACUCCUGGUGUCGUACAAGUGGCCAGCGACGCGACGGCGGAUGAGGUGUACCGUGGUGUCUCCCAGCUGGGCGACCGGGCUCAGGCGGCAGUGCAGAACCAUCGGAGGGUGGAGACAGAGUCUCGGCAGCUCAGUGAUCGGACAAGACAGCGCUUGCGGCUCCGCAGUCUCACACGUGACCCGCGGGUCUCUCCGGACCACUUCCGUCGCGCGUGCUGUUUUCUGCUGGAUCAGUCGGCGGCGCUGAUGCCGUUGCUGGAGGGGUGCUCAGUGCGCAUCGGGUUUGCGAACCGUCUGGCGCCUGACGGCAGCUGCUACAUCGAGCUGGCUCAUAACUGCGAGCUGUAG